UUCAGGAGCAGUAAAGUGCAGCAAACCACUGACUAUUUCCCUUCACAGAACCAAAGCCACAUAGAAACCGCUGCCAUGAGCUUCAGCCCAGAGAGGAUCUCGUCCUACCGCCGUCACUUUGAGGACAGCAGCAGCUCGUCCUACCAGAUCAGGGUGUCGAGCCCAUCCCCCACCAGGAGAGAGGCCCGUCGUGCCUCCGCCGGCUGCUUCUCCUCUAGAGCCGGGGCCAGCAGCAUGCGUGUGGACUCAGUGGGACGAAGGACCAUGUCUGCAGCACGCAGGUCUCGCAUGGUAGGAGCAGGUGUGAGUGCAGGCACCAUGGUGUGCGUUGGGCCGAGUGGAGAGCCUCCCAUAGACCUGGAUGUGGCUGCAGCUGAAAACCAGGAAUUCCUCAGCACCCGCACAAGCGAAAGACAGGAGAUGAUCGUCCUCAACGACAGACUGGCCGUAUACAUCGACAAGGUGCGAUCGCUCGAGCAGCAGAACAAGCUACUGGAAACUGAGAUUGAGGCCUACCAGAACCGGUUUGAGAAGCCUGUGGGUCUGCGCCUGCUCUAUGAGGAACAGCUGAAAGAGCUGAAGAAGAUUGCUGAACAAAUGAGAGUUCAGAGGGACAUUUCCUUGGCGGCCAAAGACUCUGCAGCUGCUCAACUAAAGGCAAUCAAAAUCAAAUAUGAGGAGGCGGUGGAGCUGAGGAAGAAAGCCGAGUUAGACAUUGAGGCCUUCCGUCCAGAUGUGGACAAAGCGACCUCCUCCCGCAUUGCCUUGGAGAAGAAGCUGGAGCAGUUAGAGGUUGAAAUUGAAUUCCUCAAACGAAUCCAUCAGCAGGAAAUUGAUGAACUCAUGAAACAGAUCUACGCCGCUCACGUCUCAGCCCAGAGUGCGUUCACUCUGCCCGACUUGGCUGCUGCUUUGAAACAAAUUCAAACCCAGUAUGACGAUAUUGCAGCCAAAAAUCUCCAGGAAAUGGAUUCGUGGUAUAAAAACAAAUUUGAAGAUCUAACCAAGAAGACGUCGAGCCAUGUUGAUAAAGUUCGAAGCGUUAGAGAAGAAAUAGCCGGUGCCAAAAAAGAUAUCCAAAGUAAAGAACGAGAUUUGGAUGCCAUGCGGACCAGAAACGAGGCUCUUGAAGCUCAGAUCCUUGAGACACAAGAGAAGUACAGAAAAGAACUGGAAGAACUGCAGGCUCGGAUUGAGGCCCUGCAGCUCGAGCUGAAAUCCACCAAGGAGAAAAUUGCGCUGCACCUGCGUGAGUACCAGGAGCUUCUGAAUAUCAAGAUGGCUCUGGAGAUUGAGAUCACAACUUACAGAAAAUUGAUCGAGGGCGAGGACCUGCGGCUUUCUGGCAUGAUGCAAACCUUAUCUCUCACUAGCUGUAGCAUGAGCGCCAUUGGUGCCGGGAUGAGCAUCAGUGGAGGAGGCAUGGGAGGGGCAGGUGGAAUGGGUGGUGGACUGAUAGGACGUGGUGGUGGUGGAGACAUUGGGGGCAGAGUAGGAAUGGGUGGGGGCAUGGAUGCAGGAGGCAUGGGAACAGGUCCAGGAAUUGCAGGUAUAAGUGGAAGAAUGGGUGCUGAGGGUACCAGUGGUAAAAAAGGUCCUGCUGGUACAUCAGCUGGGGCAGACUUUACUGGUAGUCAUGGAUUAGGAGCUGGGGGUGUAGGUGUAGGUACUGAAGCUAAUGGUGGGGUUGUGGGCAAAGGCAAUGGCAGCAGACCAAUGGGCACUGGAGGAACAAGUGGUUCUGGUGCUGGAGGUGUGGGAAACCUGGGAUUUGGUACUGGAGGCAAGAGUGACAGCAGCAUAGGUGGGACUGGAAUGGGUGGAGGUGGUAAAACUGGAGGUUCAGGUGGGAUGGGUGGAACCGGCACUGGGUUUGGUGGAGGAAAUGGUGGUGUAGUUGUAGGAAAGAGUGGUGGACUUGCUGGAGGAAUAAGUGAAGAGGGUAGUAUAGCCCGUGGAAUGGGUGGUGGAGUUGGAGGCAGUGGAGGAAGUGGGGCUGUGGGUAGUGACGAUGCUGCUCUGUCAGCUGCUAGUGGCAUGGGGAAGACAGGUGGAGGAAAGGGUGGCAUUAGUGGCACAGGGACUACAUAUGGCUCAGAUGGACAUGAUAAGAACAUCGAGGCCUAUGCAGAGCAGGCUGUGGAGCUGACGGAGAGGAGGACGGUGCUCAUUAGAACAGUCAAAAAUGAGGAUGAUGUGCUGGAAAUGGACCACCAAGAACAGACCUACACCAUCACCGGAGCGGCCGAUGAGUCGGACAACGAGUGAGCAACACGAAUUCCCAAGUGACCUCCUCUCACCCUUAAACCUCCACGCCCCUCUGAGCUUUGCACUGACCAAGCCCCAUGUCUGGACACUGACCUUUGCCCUUUUGCCCCAGACAAGAAGACCAUGACUGACCCUUUUGCUUCAAAUCAGGGGCUUUAACUAUGCCUCACUAGACAACUCAACAUAUUCUCUAAACUUUUGUGACCCCCCGACCCCUUUUUUUUUCUAAA